GCAUCUUCGUGCCUCACCGCCGUGAGAACCUCAAAUCUUGAGAUCAGUUUGUUAUUAUGGUUCAUUAUGAAUUGAUUCUUGGGUUAUUUACUGUUGAUGAUGUUGAAUGAAAGCUAUCUGCCAAAUCCGGAGGCGGGCAGGGUGUGUAAAUUUUGGCAAUUGAGUCUGUACAAUAAUACAUCACACGUCAUUUUCCACGAUGUACAAUAAAUCACAAGUCGCAACACGGCCUACGCUUACGCAAUUAAAAACGCGAGAAAAGUGACAGCAUUUGCCUAACGCGAGAGAUUAGAGAUUGGAAUGUUUAGUAGACCCUCCACCCCCUGACGCCUAUAUCAGCUCUUCUAAUUGCGCCUGCGGGAAAAGACAGCCAUCUUACGCCCAACUUCAGCCCUUAACAUGGUGACAGCAUGUUUUUCCAAAACUUUGGCAUCAACAUAUACGUCCACACGGCGCCAAACCUUAGAAGAAUAUCAUCCUGCUGCCGUGAAAAACUCAAAUCUUACAACUCUAUUAUUAUUGGAAAGCCAAUGAACACUACAGAGAAGAAUCAAGAUGGAGCCUGAUUCAGAUACUGAGAUAAAUCAAACAUCAUCUCACAGUGGAUUUCAUUUUAUUGAAAUAAAACAAGAACAGGGUGUAGAUAGUGAAGAUGAGGACAUACCAGGUUGUGUUGUGGAAAUUGAAGAAUCAAAUUAUGAAAUACUUGCAGGACAACAUGGAGAAUGUAUUGAAAACAUGCCUGCAGAUAGUGUGAAGAAAUUGCGAAUGCAGUGUGAAGACUCUGACAGUAAUAAUGCUUCCACAUUGCAUCUUCGUGAUCAAGAGAAGCAACAGAAUGCAGGUACAUGUAUCAAGUGUGGUUAUGAAUUCAGCUGUUUUGUAGACCAAGACUGUCUCUCAAAAGUCACACAUGGGGUUUGUCUUAUGUGUUCUAAAGAACCAAUAAAUGAAUUUCAAAAAUAUAUAGUAGAAAACAAGGAGAAAGCUGGACAGUCUGGAGUGGAGAGUAAUCAUUUUGCCAUUUCCACAGGGAAGAACACAUUAUUUGAAUGUAAAAUAUGUUGUAUUGAGUUUCAAACAGAAGGUGAACUAAAUCAACAUUCUGUUCUCCAUAAUGAGGAAAAGCCUUUUGUGUGUGAAUUAUGUGGUAAACGAUUCCAGCAGUUUUAUUAUUUUGAUGUUCAUUAUCGAGCACAUGCAAGUUUGAAACCUUAUGUAUGCAAGUUGUGUGAGAAAGGGUUCUCAAAGCAAUGUUUCUUAAAGAUACACCAUCGUUCACACACAGGAGAAAAACCCUAUAUGUGUGACAUUUGUAAGAAAGGUUUUACACAAUCCUGCCACCUUCGGAAACACACCAUUAUACACACAGAAGAGAAAGUACACAUAUGUGAAACAUGUGGCAAGGCAUUUGCACAGGUCAUUCAGCUUGAAAAGCACUCUGUUAUUCACAGGAAGCAACAGCCAUUUGUUUGUGUUGUAUGUAACAAGGAGUUUCAGCAGUCUAGCCCACUGAAAAGACAUUACCUCAUCCAUACAGGGGAAAAGCCACAUGUGUGUGAAACAUGUGGUAAGGCAUUCUCACGAGCUAGUCGCCUCAAGAAACACCACAAGAUUCAUACAGGGGAGAAACCAUAUGUGUGUGAUGCCUGUGGCAAGGAAUUCACUGAAUCUGGUAACCUAACAAAACAUUAUCGAACUCACACAAAGGAGAAACCAUAUAUUUGUGGAAUCUGCAGCAAACGCUUUUCAUGGUCAAACAGUCUGAAUAUACAUAUACUCACACACUCGAAAGAUAAACCAAUUAUUUAAGUAGUUAUAGACUCAGUGCAGUAUGUUCGUACACACUGAAGUCCAAUUUCUCAUACACAGCGAUCAGAAUUAUUAAAAUCAAAGGUUGUUGCUGUUUGGAAUUCUGAAGGAUUUUACUAGUAGAUUUUAAUAUUACUGGCAUUAGUAGUAUUUGUGUUUAUAACAUACAAAUUUCACAAAUUAAAUUUAAUUAUCAUGUAGAAUUACAAGAUAUGUAUUUCACACAGAAUCACUGUAUGUUGUAAAAAAUACACCUAAAAAAGUUGCAUACUUUGAAAGAUGUAUCACCAUACAAAAUUUUAAGACUGUAUGUAAAAGGCAAGUCAUAUAAUAAAACAAGUUUAGAAAUUUACACAUAGCAUAACAAUUCUGCUACAUUUGUCAAAAUUUGGCUUUUGUGAACAGUGCCAGUAAUAUCAAAAUUGUCUGAGUGGCUGAGAAUUUCUGACAUAAGUGAUAACCAAUGCAGUCUGAUGAUUCUCCACCCAGUCACUUUCAUGCAAACAAAUGCAUGUAGGUCUUCAUCUAAGGUGCCUGUUAUUUGUCUGAUUUUAACCAAAACUGGAAUGUAUUGACUCUGCAAUAUAAAAUUUCAUAAAAAUCCAUUCAGCCAUU